UUUUUAUUUAAGUCAUCGCUAGUUCCUUUCUUCGACUAACAAAUAUGCAGGAACUCCAUCCCUGUCUCCUUUCUCUUUUCCACCCUAUAUCAAACUACAACAAUGGCCCCCACAACCCAGCAGCCAACUAAAACGCAAGCCUUCCUCCACUGGACCCUCACCCCACUCGGCAUCUUCACCAUCAUCUACGGCCUAAACAUCAUAGCCUGGGGCGGGAUGCUCUUCCUCCUGAUAUGCAAUGCCGCCCCCGCCAUGUGCCAUCCGAGCUGCUCGGCUGAAAACUCCCCCCGUCAGAUCUGGAUCGAAAUCGACUCUCAGAUCCUCAACGCUCUGUUUUGCGUCACAGGGUUUGGACUCGCUCCGUGGCGUAUCCGGGAUGUCCAUUACUGGUGUCGUUGGCGGCUAGCUGGUUCUAUGACAGGAUUGACUCGUCUCUCCCAGACACAUGACGGCUGGUUCGUCCUUGAUUCUCAAUAUCCCGGGAUGGAUAUGUCUAGUAUCGACGCGGACUCGGUUGAGCUGCUCAAGGGAUGCACCAGUCCCACCCCGCUGUGGAAGAUGGAUGCGGUGGUAUGGGGGAAUAUGCUGAAUACGGUGUUUCAGGUGUGUCUGGCUGUGUGUAUGUGGGCUAUGAAUCGGUUUACGCGGCCGAGUUGGACGACGGGGCUGUUUGUCUGUCUGGCUUGUCUGGUGGGAGCGGUUGCGGGGGUGGUUGUAUGGUUGGAGAAGAGACGGUGUCGACUGUCCAAGGUCUCGUGCAAGCUGAGUAGUGACUCGGAUAGUGUGGAGAAGGUGUGAUGGAAUGGUGUAUAUUGUUAUGAAUUGAUGGCUAUAUAAUAGAA